AUGGAUGAAAGCAGACGGAUGACGCUAGCUUUCACUUGCGAAGCAGAGACGGUGUUGGGACAGGAGCUUCGCGUGGUCGGCUCCACAAAGGAGUUGGGCCACUGGAACCCGGCUUUGGCGCCAGAUCUGCAAACUGACGCACUUACAUACCCGAGCUGGUAUGGUCAUGUGGAUUUCGAUGAAAACAGUGCAGAGUAUAAAUAUGUGGUUUUCGACACACGAUAUGGCAGUGUGACGUGGGAGCACGGCACCAAUCGCCAUUUCAGUAUUGACUUGGACGGCCACGUCCACACUACAGGACCGGCAGAGCUCCACAGCUCCCGAUUUGGGGUUGGCGACUCGUCGAGCCCUCGAAUUGUUGUUGCGUCCGAGCGCGCAGUUGAAGUUGCCACAAUUCCCGCGAUGGAACCGACUGAGAUCGUCUUCGAGGUCUUCUGCAACGAGACCGAAGUGGGAGACACUGUGGUAGCCGUGGGUUCCUCUGAGGAACUCGGGAACUGGAAGCCAACUGGUGGCCUGAAGCUGAACACUUCGCCCGAGGCCUUCCCACUUUGGUGGGGGAGCACUCAACUGAGGAAAUGUGACGUAGAGUUCAAGCUCGUGAUCAUCAAGGAAAGCUAUGUGGAAUGGGAGCCGUCAGACAACCGGCUGCUUCACUUUCCUCCCUCCAGAGACGGGCCGUGGAAAGCCUCCUGCGUGUGGAGCAACAGCCACUGCCAGUUACAACCGCUUGGGACCAGUGACAGGACGAGUGAUCGUCAGGCCAAAGAGGCUUCCUUCGUGGCCUCCGGGUCAACAGCAGACGCAGUGGGCCUGCAGGAAUUCAACAGCCAGACCAACAUCGCACGCCCCUACUCUAUGAGUGAAAAUUUGCUGGGCAGCACCAACCAAGACGAUAAGGCCGCCCUUUUUGACAACAGCAACUCGUUCACGCCGUUCUGUGCCGAAGUGUACGAGGGUCUAUUUGACCGGGAACUGAUGCGGCGCUUGCACGGGGUCGUCCUCCCAGAGGCCCCAAUUCCCCCUGCAGGGACAGAGCUCCUCGAUGAACCCAAAUUGUGCCUGUGGGCUGGAGCUCAUGCCAUUUCUAAGGCCCACGGCAACUGCGAGGACGCUCACUUCCUGGCUGCACACAGCAUGGGCGUAGCAGACGGGGUCGGUUGCUUCGCGAAAUACUCAGAGUACGGCGUCAACGCGGCCGCCUAUGCUGCCGAGUUGAUGGAGCUCGCCAGCCUUGCUCUGCAGCCCCAAAACCCGGCCUCAGAAAGCCAAAGCCACAUGGGCCAGAACGUUGCACAACGUGCUGCCGCAGCAGUGGCGGAAGCGGAGUCGAAAGCAUCGGCCUAUGGUGGCUCCACCAUAGCCGUGCUCUGCCAGCAGGACAAGCACGUAGGAGUUGCUAACCUGGGAGACUCCGGCUUCAUUCUGCUGCGAAGAUCGGUUCAAGGAAUGAAGAUUGUAUUGAGGUCUGAGGAGCAGCAGCACCACUUCAACUGCCCGUAUCAGCUCACUCGCUUACCCCAGGCUCUCAUCGACCGCAUCGCAAAGAGAUCGAAGAAGCCGCUCAAUGCAGCCGACAAAGCGUCAGACUGCCAGACAUAUUCGGCAGAAAUACAGUCUGGCGACUUGCUCCUCAUGUUCUCAGACGGCUUUUCGGACAACGUGCACGACUACGAACUGCUCGACAUUGUAAACCGCGCGCUGCCGCCAGCUCAGGCAGACAUGCUGGGGCUUUCGGACCGCUGCACUGCUCCAAGAGUCAUCGCGAAGUCACUGGCUUUAGCUGCCCAGGAACGGUCUGUUGACCCCGAAGCCGUGGUGCCGUUCACAGCAACCGCGAAGCGGUAUGGAGCCAUUGGAGCCGAGAAGGGAGGGAAGGAGGAUGACAUCACCGUCGCAGCAGCAUGGGUGGUCAAGGAUCUGCACACAGAGACAGCCACAGAGGCACCUCGCGAAGGGAGCCCUUCCCAGCGGCACACACCGGAGCUUGCGCUCACACUUUUCGAGUCGAAAAGACGCACUCGAGAUGGUCGAUCGCCGUGGGCCAAGGGGGAAGCGACGCUGCCAAUUCAGCAGGUCCGGACCACAGCGUCUGAAAAGAAGCUGCCUUCCCCGACGCGGUGGUCGGACUCCGCGCCUCUCGGGUCCUUGCACCGUGCCACACGAAGUUCGACGACGCUCCAGGACCACGUGCGUGGUCGGAGCCCAGAAGGGCUUGCUGAGGGCCGCUGUGCAGAGUAUGGGAAAGCGCCUUUGUUCUCCCCGCCGGCCCACGCCCGUUCCGUGACGUCUCCGCCAGUCCAAAGCUACAACACCACGAGCUCCGUGGAAGACUCUUUACGCCUGCUGAUGUCAGCACAGCCCCAGACCCUGGCAGAAGUGGAGGCCAUCGAGGACGCCGCCUCUCGCCUCGCUCGCCUCUGUGUGGUCGUUAUCCUGGUCCCCAGUGGUCGUAGGCAGAAGAUGGACCGCACUCUGACCACCUUCUCGGCCACGAAAGAUGCGGAGCUUGCGUCGAACCUGGAGCGGCAAGCAGAGGAGCAGGUGCUGGCUGGGGAAGUGGAGGCUGCGGCAGAUCUUUACGAUCGGGCCCUUCGCCUUCGCAUCGACGGCCGCUGCCCUGACGUGUUCCUGACUGCAGAGGCCCUGGCGCGGACGAGCAACGAGGCGUGCUGCCAGCUUUCCGGUAGCCGGGAAAGGCUGCUGCAGGCCGAGCGUCGCUUGCAAAGAACGCUGUCCAUGCUGGAUGAGAUCCUGGAUGCACAGUCAGGUGUCGGACCCUCUGCUGCUCCUCUGGUCUCGGGCGUACACCUCACUCUUUCGAACCUGGCAGCUCUUCACCUCCGCGCCGGCCGAAAGGAGAUGGCUUUGAAGCUCCUCAAGGAAGCAGAGGAGCUCGGACCAUCAAUCCCCGCUGCAGAGGCUGCCGCCACGCAGCUCAGCCUGUGCGCUCUCCUCUCCGGGCUACGGCGGCAUAUCGAGGCGGAGAGGCAUGCUUCCGAGGCCAUCUCUUUGGGCGAAGCCGACAUCUUUCAGCUGCAGAACUCCAGCGAAACAAGCGCGUCGCUUCUCCAAGACAAGGCCUCUACGCUUGCAGUCGCCUACAACAAUCUGGCUGUUCAGCGAGAAUACCUUGGCUGCAGUGAUUGUUUGGCGCUCUAUGAGAAGGCCGUCGUCCUUGCCGAGGGCUACAUGUCCAAGGACAGCCAGCUCUUGGCGCGCCUUCGUGAUUCACAUCGGACAGCUCUGCAAACGGCGGUCGAGCGCAGGGCGACUGCUUCCAGUAAUCGGCACCUCUCGGUUGGCGGCGGUGCCACGGUGAAUCGCCGCCCAUCUUCUGCGAUCGAAACUCGCGGUGUGGUCCACGUGGAGGCAAACCGCCGCCCAUCUUCUGCGAUCGAAGCCCGUGGUCCAGGGAAGCGGGCCGAGUCGGCAGAGGCAGGGCGACGGCGACCUGCAUUCGCAGCACGAGCUCGGGAUGGGCGAUCGGAUUCAGAGGUGCCUCGAUCUCAGGUUCGGCGUGACUCCUCAUCUUCCCGCGCUGCCGUGCCGUCGAAGGACCGGAGCUUGCUGAGCCGAGAGCUGGCGAAGCUCUUGAAGCCUGAGGCCCAGGAGCAAGCCUCAGAAGCAGCAUCCUGGCUUCCCAAAGAGAAGGCUCGGUUGCCGAAGAUUCAGUGGCACGAGUCGAGUGCUACUUCGGCGUCAUCGUCAGUGGAGGAUGCGAUGAAUCCGCUGCCGACUCCC